GCAGCUGUGAGCAGCCUUCUGAUAGUCAGUCAUGUCUGUGAGGUUAGGAGGCAACAUCCUGGUGACGGGCUCCAACAGAGGCAUCGGUCUGGAGCUGGUGAAGCAGCUGCUUGACAACACGGGACAAGAGGAUCACAUCUACGCCUGCUGCCGGGAACCCGAGGGAGCUGGGGCCGAGGUCCUGAGAGCGCUGGCGAAUCAGCGUCCUGAGCAAGUCACCAUAGUCCAACUAGACACGUCAGAUGAGGACAGCGUUACGGCUGCUGUCCAGGUGGUGGGUGAGCGUGUCACGGCCAGCGGUUUGAAUCUCCUCAUCAACAAUGCUGCUAUCAACAAACCAGCAUCACCAGCGCUGUUAUCUGCCACUAGUAAAGCAGACAUGAUGGAGGUGUUUGAGACCAAUGUGGCGGGACCCUUUCUCCUGGCGAAGAAGUUUCUUCCACACCUCCAGAGGGCUGCGGAGUCUAGCUCACCUCUAAAUUACAGUGGUGGUCAAAUGUCUUGCAGAAGGUCAGCCAUCAUCAACAUGUCGACUCUGGUCUCGUCCAUUGAGAAAUGCCCCCAGAACUUCCACAUCGUGCAGAUGUACCCCUACAGGACAAGCAAGGCGGCGCUCAACAUGCUGACUCGCUGUCUGGCUGAGGACUUCAGGAAACACAGCAUCCUGGUCACCGGCGUCCAUCCUGGAUGGGUUAUCACUGAUAUGGGAGGAAAAGAGGCUCCUAUGACCCCUCAGCAGAGUGUACUGGGCAUGCUCAGUAUGAUGUCAUCACUCAGUGACAAAGACAGCGGGAAGCUGGUUGACUGGAUGGGCAACCAGAUCCCCUGGUAGUUGUCAUCCUGGCCGUGACAGGGGCCACAUCAUUUUCUUAGACCUUGACUUUAUUAUUGUGUUUUUUUCAAUAUAAGCCUUUGUCAAACUGGAAAACGAAGUAAUUUCUUAAU